UUUGAAUAUAUUUGAAAUACUCAUGUACUUUUAUUUUGACAUUCCGAAAACCGGAAGUAAGCCCCGUAACCAAAGCGCAGGGACCAAGCGCACAUGUAGCGAUUCAUGCUAGUUUAAUUCUUUAUACUCCCUGUUUCAACUGCGUAUAAGUUUAAGUAUAUUUGACUUUGAAGAUUGCUUCUGGGAAAUGACUCUGCCGUUGGUUGAGAAGCAGGCUAAAGUGUUCUACGGUGUUAAAGUGUUAAUAAACAUCUGUGUAUGGAACCGGAGUCUCGCAUUCAAUCGAUGGGCGGCAUAGUAGAACACUACUGCAACGGUAAAGGCUCUGAGCGGACGAAUACGGGCUGGCUGCGACCGCGUGCGGUAAACGAGAGGUCACCUUGUGAAUGGUUCGUGUGAAUCCAAAGGGGCAAGUGGACAAGGCUACACAAGCAAGCACGUCGAAAGGAGUGUGUCGAAAGUAGCGCAAGUACUGCCAUGAUAGCACACGGACGUUUCAUUUGUGUUUUUUCCUCUUAAAUCAGCAGUCGUCAUUAUUUUGUGCUGCAGUUUGAUUAUCUAGUAAGAAACAAAGAAACUUAGCAGAUAUGUAAAUGAACCAUUCUCCCAGUUGAAUCUAAGAAGUUCUAAGUUAAAUUCAAAGUUUGUUCCAACAAGUAAGUUUUCAUAUUUAAACUGUGACGAAUUAUUAUUAUUUCUCACUUUGUUAAUUGCCUUUUAUUGCUCAUUUAUUGAAGUGUGUUAUUAUAAGACUGUAGUGUGUUGAUGUGCAAUAUUCAAAGGUUAAGCUAAGGGAAGCAAAGAGAUUAGUUUUGCAUUUAAUUUUAUUUCAUAUUUGCACACAUUAGACAACAGAAUACAGUUUAAUCAAAUACAUCACAUGCAUUUAAUAUGUCACACUCAAAGGAAAUCACCUUUCUUCCUACUGAAGAGGUCACUCAUGGAGACUUUCAAGAAGAUAGUGACGCAGAAAGGACUACCCUAUCACAGCAAGCUGACGCUGAUGAGCAAGUUGAAGACACAUCGCAGGCCACACAAUCUCAGGUUGGUGUGGAUGACACACAAAUGAUUCCUGGAAUUAGGAAAUCUGGACGCAUACAAAAGCUCACUGAAAAGGGCAAAGCUCUGUUAGAUGACAAAUUGAAAGAUCUAACUGUAAGUUUUGUAAAGAUGUACAGAAGAUGGAAGUAUCAUAUCAAUGGCUUAAAACGGUCCAUUAAGAAUAAUGAUGCUGAUGAUCUGAUUGAGGAGAUUGUAAAUGCAAUCAAUACCGCACAAGUGGACAUGGACAUUACUUACCUCAAAAUAAGAGCAAUUUCAACUCCUGAACCAGACAUUCGGAGAAUGAAUGACACAUGCCAGGCAUUUACUAGGAUUGCAAAUACAAAUGUUCAACAUUUCCGCAGUGAUGAUGAUACACAAAUCAUAACUUGGCCUGAUGCUAAAUCAGUAUUUGAAAGCACAGUGUCUAGUGUUUCCUCCGUUCAAACCGCUAAGUCAAAGGUUCCUUCCCAAGUAUCCAGACACUCUUCUAUCCUGUCCCUUAAUGCAAAACAGGCGGCAGCCGAAGUUGUGGCUACGCAAGAAAUGAUGAAGAUAACAAAUGCACAACAUCAGCAGAAGGAAGAAAUUCAAAGACUUGAGGUGGAAGAUCAAAUCUUGAAGGCUGAAAGAGAAGCUAUAGAAAAGGAAAUUGAAGCAGAGAGUGCUAAAAAAAGAGCUCAGUUCAUAGCAGAAAGUGCUGAUAGAAAAAUGAAGCUGGAAGGAAAAAAGAGAGAAGUACAAAGGCUAGAAGAACUUAAAGGGCAUGUUGCGGCUCAAGCAAGACUGCAGGUUUAUUCAGAAUCUGUCGAUCCACCACUAGCACUUAACCCUUUAAUGGAUCAAUUUUUUCCCUCUCAAGCACCAGUCUCACAAGCUCUACUUGCGCAACAAGCCAAGCCCAGUCAAGUCCAGCACCCUCAUGAGGUUACAGCCACUAAAUCCCCUCUCCUAUAUCCCUCCAUGUACACCUCAUGUUCUGUUCCACAGCCAACCACUCAAGCCUUUUUAACCUCUCAUGAAGCUACCAAUGACCUUGUGAGAACUCUUGCUGAAGCAAUCACAGCUAAUCGAGUUCCAAUCCCAGAACCUGAAGUUUUCAAAGGAGAUCCUCUCAAGUACAAUGAUUGGAAGCUUUCCUUCUUUACUCUGAUUGAGCGCAAGAACCUGCUAGCUCAAGAAAAGCUCUUCUUUCUACGCAAGUACGUUGGUGGCCCAGCCAAGAAAGCUAUUGAAGGCCAUUUCCUUGUAGGAACAGAAACCGCUUAUCGUGCUGCCUGGGACAUACUUGAAGACAGAUUUGGUAAUCCAUUCAUAGUUGCCAAGUCAUACCGUGACAAGAUACAUACAUGGCAUAAAAUUGCCCCCAAGGAUAGCGAAAAUCUUCGUGAGUUUGUUGAUUUUCUGAGCAGUGUGGAAUCAGCUAUGCCAUAUGUUCAAGGUCUACAAACUCUCAACGACUGUGUGGAAAACCAAAGGAUUACUGUCAAGCUCCCGGAUUGGUUGAGCUCACGCUGGAAUAGAGAAGCAACAAUCUAUCAGGAUGGACACAAAAUGUUCCCGGACUUCAGAUAUUUUGUAAGAUUUCUCAAUAUGGAGGCUCGUAUUGCAUGCAACCCCAUCACAUCAUUGUAUGCUGUGAAGUCAACUGACCAAGAAAGAUCAAAGCCAACAGAACGAGAACAGUCUAAGUAUCAACGAAAUCAAAACUUUAGUGCUAAGACUUUCACCACUAAUACAAUUGAGAAGACAAGCAGCACAUGCAUGUUUUGUAAGAAGAAAGGCCAUACUCUCCAUAGGUGUCUCAAGAUUAGGGAAAAACCUGUUGAAGAAAGAGUUAAGUUUGUACAACUGGAGAAAUUGUGUUUUGGCUGCCUUAGGAUAGGCCAUAACUCCAGAGCGUGUACAUCCAGGAGUGUGUGUGACUUAUGUGGAAAACAUCACCCUACUUGCCUACAUCAAGAUCGUGGGAAGAAAAACCAACAACAAGCUGUAAGAAUAAAACCAGAAAGGCCAAAUGAAAACGGAGGACACACCAACCAACAGUCUGAAUCAAUUGAAAUACAGCAAGCUACCUCUAACAGAGUUGUUCAAGAGAAAAGCAGCACUCACACUUCAUCUAUUGUUCCAGUCUAUGUCUCCACGGCAAUGGAACCAGACAAGGAAGUUUUAGUGUAUGCGUUACUUGAUAGUCAGAGUGACACAACCUUCAUCCUGAAGGAUGCAGCUGUUACAUUGGGUGCCAGGAAAGAGUCAGUAAAACUUAAAGUGUCCACAAUAACAUCAAAAACAAAAGUGGUGAAUAGCCAAAGGGUGCAAGGACUACAGGUAAGAGGCAUCAGCUCUGACACUAAAAUCAAACUCCCAACAACUUAUACCAGAGAUUACAUACCAGCAAACAGAUCCCAUAUACCCACAAGAACUACCGCAAAGUCUUGGCCUCACUUAGAACAUUUGGCAGAUGAAAUGUCUCCUGAGCUUGAUUGUGAAGUGGGAUUGUUAAUCGGCUAUAACUGUCCACAAGCCUUACUUCCCAGAGAUGUCAUCUCGGGCAAUGAAAACCAGCCAUAUGCACAAAAGUCUGUGUUGGGUUGGAGCAUUAUCGGCUACAGCAGCACUGGUGUGGAUUAUGAUCAUGAGGAUGAAAUCGGUGUGAGCCACCGUAUCAUCAUAAAGAAAGUUCAGCCAGCUACCAAGGCCUUUACUGAGCUCAAGUCUGAGGUACAUUUUGUUUAUAGAACUCAAGUCAAGGAAAUGAUCACUCCAGCAGAUAUACUCAAGGUCUUUGAGGCAGAUUUUACUGAGAAGUUCAGUGAAGAAGUUCUAAUAUCACAAGAAGAUAUUAAGUUCUUGGUGAAGCUGAAAGAAGGAAUCAAGCAAAAGCCAAAUGGACAUUACGAAAUGCCAUUGCCUUUUAAGGAAGAGAAACCAAGCCUGCCAAACAACAAAGUGUGUGCACAACAUUGA